AUGUCCCCCUCCCUCGGCGAUAUGGAGCCCGCAGAGGCCGAAUCCGUCUACUUCAACGAAUACCCACCACCAAAGGCGCUCCCCAAACACGAAGCUCUAGCCCGCGCCUUCAUCGACCUCCACGUCGAAGCCAACCGCCGCGUCGUCCUCGUUACAUCAGGCGGAACAACCGUCCCCCUCGAAGCGCAAACAGUCCGCUUCAUCGACAAUUUCUCCGCGGGAACCCGCGGCGCAACCUCGGCAGAGUACUUCCUGGAGCAAGGGUACGCGGUGAUCUUCCUACACCGGCAGUACAGUCUGCUCCCGUAUUCGCGGCACUAUAGCCACUCGACAAAUUGUUUCUUGGACUUUAUGGACGAGGCGCCACCUGUUCCGGGCGCGGCGAAUCAGGAUCAUGGGUCUAUUGUUGUGCGCGAUGAGUAUCAGACUGAAAUGCGUGAUGUGUUGAGGAAGUAUCGGUACGCGAAGCAGAAUAAUCGACUCCUUUUGUUGCCUUUUACGACGGUUGCGGAGUAUAUGUUUGAGUUGCGGUCGUUGGCGAAGUUGAUGCGACCACUCGGUCCGAAUGCGUUGUUUUAUCUUGCCGCUGCUGUGAGCGACUUUUUUAUUCCGAGGAGUCGGAUGGCCGAGCAUAAAAUUCAGUCUUCGGAAUUGCCGCCUCAGUACCAGGGUGGUGGUGGUGACAGUGGUGCGGAUAGUGCUGUUGAUGGGGAGGAUGAGAUAUACACCGGAGAGAACGAGGCUAAGCCGGCCAACCAGAAGAAGCUGGUUAUUAACCUUGAUCCUGUGCCGAAGUUCUUGCAUCGACUGGUCGAUGGAUGGGCUCCGGAUGGGAGUAUGGUUGUUUCCUUCAAGCUGGAGACAGAUCCCACGUUACUGGUUUAUAAGGCGCGCACUGCCUUGCAGCGAUACUCACACCACCUUGUUAUCGGUAACCUUCUCUCAACGCGCAAGUGGGAAGUUGUCUUCAUCACGCCGGACCCCCCCACACGAGCGAUGGAUUCGAGUCCCCAAGGCUCGCCGCACGCCGGAGGCGCAGCUGGCUCCGAGUCACAGCAAGCGCCGAGUCAACCAGAUGUUGGCAGCGAGGGCAUUGAAAUCGAAAGUAUUAUUAUUCCCGAGUUGAUCAAGUUGCACGAGAACAUGAUCGAGAAGAAGAAUGCGCCGGCGCAGUAG